UUUAAUUAAUUGUGUUUUCGUGAUGAAUUUGUUUACGAUCUUUGUAUUUUAUAUUGAAAUAGUUAUUUAUAGUACAUUUUAGUCGUAAUCUUGUAAUAAUCAAUUAUCAUGUCUUGCAAAAAGGGAGGCAAAACUAAAAAACAUUUACUCUUAGCUAAAUUAGUCACUGCUGAUAUUGGUUCUUGUUCAUUUUGCAAUCGAAAUAUUGACGAUGAAACUAUUUAUGGCAAAUUGUACUCAAUCGGUGAUAUUUACUGUCAUUAUUUCUGUGUUCUACUAUCUUGCUGUUUGAUACAAAAGGGUAAAGACAAUGAAGGACUAUUUGGCUUCUUAUAUCCUGAUAUUGUAGCAGAAAUUGAGAGAAGUAAAAAACAUAAAUGUUCUUACUGUGGUAAAGAGGGAGCCACUCUCGGUUGUUCUGUGACACAAUGCAGGAAACAGUUCCACUUACCCUGCGGAAGAGAGAAAGAUGCUGUAUCACUAUUUUAUGGGAAUUAUAAGUCUUUUUGUCAAUUGCAUGCACCAAGACAAAAAAUUAAUAAAGAAAUAAUGACCAAAGUUAAAGAAAGGACGUCAGCACAGAGAAAAUACAAGGUUUUGGAAGAGACAGAAAUAGUUGAUAUUAAUUCAAAUGAUAGACAAGUAAUAGAUAUUGUAUGUGUAAUAUGUUACGAGCCAGUAGAAGCCAGUCCAUCUAUAAACACAUUCUGGCCGCCAUGUUGUGCGAGAGAUGCGUGGUUUCAUAGGAAUUGUUUGCAGCGCAUGGCAUUAAGUGCUGGGAUGCAUUACUUGAAAUGUCCUCUUUGUAACGACAAAGAGAUAUUCCUAGACGCUGUUAUGACACAAGGAUACUAUGUUCCCGAUAGAGACGCGUCGUGGGAGUUAGAACAAAACGCGUUCUCGGAGAUGUACGAGAGAAGUAUCAGUUGUUGUGCGCUCGAUUGUCGAUGUCCUUUGGGCAGAGAACACGAUUCUGACAAUGAUAAUGGAUCUUGGGACAUAAAGUUAUGCAUAUUAUGCGGCAGUAGUGGUAUGCAUGAGAAAUGCAUGCAAACAGAAAAUAACAAAAAUUGCAGCAAUUGCAAAUGUUGCAGUAAUUGCGAAAAUUGCAGUAAUUGCAAAAGUUGCAGUAAUUGCAAAAUUUGCAGUAACUGCAAUAACGGAAGGAACGUCAGAUAUGUUUGUAUUACAUGCGCUCCUGCCGCGCCUAAAGAUAUCGAUUCUCUCGCUGCUAAUAUUGAAAAAGUUGUAGUGGGGGAGGAAACCGCACCCCAAAUAGUCAGACGCGGCCCCGUGAUGCCUUGUCGUAUGUCACUGAGACGAACUAAACAGAUAUAUAACAGUGCAUCAAGUUCAAAUAAUUUGGAUUUCAAACAUAUAGAUACAAAUAAGAUAGAUGAAAAACAAAAUGAGGAAGACCAAAGAAUUUUGUGUGAAAGAAUCAGUGACAAUGAAAAUGUCGAAUUGGAUUUAAAAAAAAUUAUAGAUAUAAUGUCGGUGAAAUUUAAAAAACCGAAACCAUUGAUUGUUAAGAAGAAAAUUAUCAAUGACUUAUUGGAGAAUGUUCUAGAAGAUUUGAAGAAAGAUAAAAUUAAAUCCAUAGAAUGUAUCAAAGAAUGGAAAUCACCUAAGAAAUGUGAUGAAAUAGAAAAUGAUAAUAUUAAGAAAGAAGAUUCAUUUGAAGCAAGUUUUAAAGGAUUUGAUAUUGUCAAUGAAAAUCCAACGAUAAAUAUAGAAAAACAAAUCACAGAAGAACCAGACACAAAAGAUAAUAUAGAAAAGAUAAAAGAUAACUCUGAAAACAUAUUCACAACACCUAAAAAACUGAGACCAAUACAUAUACAAAAAGAUUCCACUAUGGAAAUAUCAGAAAACGAUCAAACUGUUAAAAUAGAGGUUUUUAAAAGCGAAGAAAAUACACCGGAAAAUAUUAAUAGAAAAGAUUCAGAAAUAAAUUGUAUGGAGAAAAUAAAAUGUGCUUUCAAAUUUGAUCCCAACAAAGAAGAAUUACAUACAAAUAUACAUAAUAUAGAUAUUGAAAGUUUUAAAGAUCAUUAUUUAAAUGAAGUGGAAAAAGAUAAAAAAUGUAUCAAUAAUAGAAAUGUCAAAAAUAAUGAAAUAAAAUCAGCUGUCAAAAGAAAGUUGCCAAUCAAAGAAACUGUCAUUAAAAGAAAAAAAAGAAAAAUAAACAAAGAAAUAGAAAUCGAAUGUUCUAAUAUGAAAUCUUUAAAGAAAAAAAAUAAAAAGAUAAGAAAACAUAAUACGAAAUUGUCAAUUAAAAAUAAAGAUAUAAAAGUUAAGAUACGAUGGAAAUGUGAACAAUUAAAAUUGAAAAUAACAGAAUCAUCUAGAAGAAAGAAAAUACAAAAGACGAAGAAAUUAAAACAAUAUUUAUUGAAAUUCUCUCCAGAAAAGAUGCGACAAAAUUUAGAAAAGCCAAAAGAAGAAAUACAACCAAUAAAAAGGAAAAAUGUAAGAAAUGAAAAAACCACAGAUAAAUUAAUUCAAACUUCUUUGUAUGACUUCUUUAAAUCUAAAAAUGACAAGAAAACUUCAUAAAGUAAUAAGAAAAACUUAUUCCAAAUGAAAGCUUAUAAAUAUACAAGUGUCAUAUUAAAGUUGCGGACAACUGCUUAUUUAUAAUAUACUAGCUAAAGCCCGCAACACUGUCCGCGUGCAAUUAAAAAAAAAACAUAAAA